AUGCCGCCGAAACGGGCCGCAACGUCACCGGCGGCGUCCGGCAAGCGCUCCAAGGCCGCCGUGCCCGCCGCCGAGCCCGCCGAGCCUGCAGAGGAGGCGCUCGAUCCAGAGACGGUGCGAGCGUUCCUUCCAGUCGCGCUCUCUUCUGUGCUGACGGAGCAGAUCGAGGAGACUGGCCCGUUCAGCAGUGAGGGCGCGAUGCUCGCGAUGCUAGAGGCGCGCGUGACGCUCGCCGUGGCGCUCUUCAAGCUCUCGUCCGAGUGCUCGCAGCGCGUGCUCUCCCACUCGUCGCGAGACUUUGGAGAGGGGCAGGCCUCUGCGGUGGAGCGAGCCUACGACCACGCGCUGCCCGCGCUGCGCGCGUGGGUCCUGCGACUCGGCCGUGCACUCGCCGCGCGCUCGCCGCUGCCUCUCGCGAGCACCGGGCUGCCGCCGCGCUUCCACCGGCUGUGCGAGGUGUAUGACCUCUCCGCGGACGAGCGGACGCUGCUUGGUGGGCUUCUGCUGCUGCGCACCUCGCACGCGUUUGCGCACGUCAAGCUGGGCUCGCACGUGUCGUACGGCGGCGGCGGCGGGCUCUACGCCUCCUCCUCGAAGCCCGCCGUCACCCUCUGCUCCAUCCUCGGCUGCCCGCUCUCGUCGCUCGCCACCCUCCAGCGGCCAGAGCGGAGGCACGUCAAGCAGGGCGUGGUGCUGCAGGGGCAGCAGCUGCUCGCCGAGGUGCCGGCUCUGCAGCCCGAGGCGGUCCUCCUCCUGCUGGGCCUCCCCCUCUCCGAGUCGCAGCUCUUCAACAUCGAGAAGGCCGACGCCAUGAAGAUUGAGGCGGCUGCCGAGCGGUCCGCCGCCAACGGCGUCGCCGAGGGCGACGCGGAGGAGGGCGAGGCCAAGAGCGCCGAGGCCAAGGGCGCCGAGGGCGAGGAGGGGGGGGAGGCGCCGCCUUCCGGCUGGCGCAAGGGGCGCAAGGCUGCGGCGGGAGGCAACGGGCCGUAUGAAAACGACCUCGAGUACCUGCAGGACAUGUUCGCCCUGGCAAAGCUGCGCUCCGACGUGGCGCGCGUGCGGCGGCACAUGGAGGAGCGCGGACAGGCGCCGUACUGGGCGAUGGACGAGUACAGCUACGAGAUGGAGGCGAUGUCCCGGGGCCGCUUCGGCCGCAACAUGCGGCACGAGGCCUCGAAGCAGGCGCGGCACGACUCGAAGCGCGCGCGCAAGCUGCAGGCGCGAGCCGAAAAGCUGCAGGAGCGCAUCUCUCGCAGGCUGGCACAGAUGUCGGAGGCGGACGUGCGGCUGCCUCGGCUGGAGCGGCUCGCGGCGGCGCUCGGCUUCUGCGAGUUUGAGAAGAACGUCGUGGUGGAGGUGCUGCUGCGCGCCUUCUCCGCCUCGCUGCAGCAGCAGAUCCGCAACCGGCGCCACUUUUAUAAGUCGUCGGUCCUCGUGCGCGAAGGGAUCCUCGUGCUACACGGCGACGAGCUUGGCGGCGACCUCUCGCAGACGAUGGCGGAGAUCGACCGGCGGAUGCUCGACUUUGUGGUCGGCCUUGACACCGAGUUCUCCGAGCUGAUGGACGGCUCGCACCUCUACACGCCGACGGUCGACAUCAACGAGGUCGUGCUGUCGGAGGCGAAGAAGACGCUGGUCGUGGACACUGUCCGCCACUUCGACACCUUCACCUCGGCGGCCAAGGAGCUCGAGCUGCACAAGAAGCUCUCCUACGGGCACGGGAUGGUGCUCCUCUUCUACGGCCCCUCCGGCACCGGCAAGACCAUGCUCGCGAACGCGAUCGCCGCCAUGGUCGGCAAGAAGGUGCUGAUGAUCAACUUUCCGGCGCUCGGAGCCAACUCGGCGGGCGCAAUCCUAAAGCUCGUCUUCCGCGAGGCCAAGAUCCACGACGCGGUCCUCUUCUUCGACGAGUGCGAGUCGAUCUUCAUGGACCGCACGAAGGGCAACCUGCAGGUCAACACCGUCCUCACCGAGCUCGAGCGGCACGAGGGACUCUGCGUCCUCGCCACCAACCGGCCGAUGGACCUGGACGAGGCGAUGCACCGGCGCAUCACUCUCGCCAUCGAGUUCACCAAGCCCGACCUGCUGCUGCGCGAGAAGAUCUGGCGGAGCAUGGCGCCGCCAAAGCUGCCGCUCGGCGACGACAUCGACUUCAUGGCGCUCGCGCGCAAGUUCGAGCUGCCGGGCGGCUUCAUCAAGAACGCCUGGCUGACGGCGCUGUCGCUCGCCGUCGCGCGGGAGGGCGCCGCGUGCAAGGUCACGCAGGCGGAUCUGCACGCCGGCGCGUCGCACCAGCUGCGCGGGCGGCUCGCGAUGUCCAAGAUGGACCGCGGCAUCGUGGAGCUGCCCGCCUCGGUCAAGGACAAGCUCCGCCAGAUGGUCUCCUACUCCAAGGCGCAGGCGGUGCUGUUUGGCCAGUGGGGCUUCGACAAGCAGCACGGCCGCGCGCAGGGCAUCGCCGCGCUCUUCCACGGCCCCCCCGGCACGGGCAAGACGAUGGCGGCCGAGGCUGUCGGGUUUGACAUCGGCCGCCCGCUCAUGGUGGUCAACUGCGCUCAGCUGAUGGACAAGUACGUGGGCGAGUCGGCCAAGAACAUCGAGAAGGUCUUCGACGAGGCCAAGGCGCAGGAGGCGGUGCUCGUGUUCGACGAGUGCGAGGGCCUGUUUGCCGAGCGGAGCUCCGAGGGAGGCUCGACCGCGCGGCACGACUCGAUGAACAUCGGCGUGCUGCUGCACCACAUGGAGACCUUCUCGGGCGUCGUCGUCGCCAUCACGAACCGGUUCCAGCAGAUCGACUCCGCCUUCCACCGGCGCUUCAAGUUCAUCCUCGAGUUCCCCACGCCCAACGCCGCGGCGCGCGGCCGGCUCUGGCGCCUCCUCGUGCCGAAGGAGGCGCCGCUGCACGCCGACGUCGACUUUGCGAGGUUGGGCGAGUCGUACGAGCUGUCGGGCGGCUCGAUCAAGUCGGCCGUCUUCCGCGCAGCGGUCGAGGCGUCGCUGAUGCCCGAGCCGUCGGAGCGCAUCAUCACCAUGGCGGCGCUGCAGGCGGCUGCGCGCGAGGAGCUCGACAAGGACGGCGACUCGCGCCGACCCGCAGUCAUGUACACGUGACCUGAAUCGCGUCGGAACGGCACGGGGCCGCAACCCGAGCGAGGGACUCGGGCCAGUGCACGCAUGCUGGCCGCUUUGCAACGAUUAGUACUGAGGAGCGAGGGCAUGUGGGCCCACGGGUCGCGCGCAGCACGAUGUGAGACCUGACGCCACUCACCACGAACACCCGUGGCACACACCGCACCGCCGCGCGGGGAGAUGUGAGUCCUACCCGCACGCGCGUUUUGAGUCUCGCGGGUCCGCGUCCGGGGGGAGGAGAGACACUGACAGGCGCCGGGGAGUCGAGAGAGAGACCACAGCUGGGAGAGAGGAGACUACUCUACGCGGCGCGCUACGGAGAGAGAGGUGUAUCGAGCACAGAGGAUGAUGUAUUUGUCAAGAUCAGAGACAGACCAUCGGACACCCAUGCGGACACCACGGGCGCGCGCAGCAGUACCGGCCGGCGCGACCAUACUUACAUGUACGUCUCUCAGUGUUGAGAGAGUGCAAAAACCGCUCAGUCCAGCAUGGACAGGAGGUCCGGCCCCGGCCUCCAGCCACGAGGAGCGGGGGCCGGGGCGGGGGCGGGGGCGGGGGCAGCUGGCGACGGCGGCGCUGGCAGCGGCGGCUCGACCUCCAUGUCCUCUUCUUCGGUGUCGGAGCCCGGAGGCAAGUCAACCAUCCGCGGUGCGUUCGGCGGGGCGGUCUCUCUUUGCGGCGGCGGUCUCCGCGCCAGCUGAUCUGCCAGAUAGCCAAACAGGUCGGCGCACGCGCCAGGCAUGGUGGGGGGCCGGCGCUUCGCGUGCGGCGGCCCGAAGCUGGCGAGCAGCUUAGCGACCUGCCCGACGCGGGUGUCGGCAGGCAGCACCUACAGCCGGAGGGCGAAGGAGCUGAGCGCAGUAUUCCCCGCACCCUCGUCACACUCCCCCCUCGCCCUGCUCUGCACCUCCUUCAGCGCGGUGAGGGCGCGCGCCAAGCUCGCGUCGCCGAACGUCAGGUAGCGCAGGGACGGCCGGCGAGCGCGCGACGCGGCAAGCCACUGCACGACCGCCUUGAGCUGGACGCAGCCGCCAAAGGCGCCGCACCCCCAGUUGCCCGUGCAGAGGGGGCGGAGGGGCGCGUCGGGCGUCUCGCCGUC